AAGCAGGCAUUCAAAAAGGGGUGCGAAUCCUAUAUUGCGUUAUCCAAGGGUUCACAAUGAGUUUUUGUCUUAUCAAAAUUAUUUUUUAAAAUUGUAAAAUUUUUAAAAAAGUUUGAAAUUUUAAUAUACUAUUUUUCGCGGGGGUUUUACCACUAAAAUUCCCCUUCUUAAACCUGGUGAUCGAGGAGGAUGAGGAACACAGGAUGAAGCUUAGAGACAAAAACUAGUGAGAAAAGCGAGAGUGAUUAUCGAUGAAGUGAUCAUAGGGAUAAAAUUCCAUCCACAAUCCUGGAUCAUCAUCAUCAGCAGCAGCAGCAGCAUGGAAGCAGUGAUGGGCGAGUCAUUAUAUUCUACUAUGUUUUCUUCACCAAUCAUAAGCAAACUUAUGACAAUAUUAGAUGAUGAUGAUGACUAUUGGGAUCAAGUAUUCGUUAUGCUCAUUGACCAAAGAUAUUUUACUGAAAACCUUGAUCCAUCGUCUUCAGAGGAAGAAGAGGAAGAGCCGAGCGAUUUUGGCGGAAUAUCUGACUCAAGUCGAGGUGAUGAUCUUCCUACUAGCAUCACAGACCAGGAGAAUCCGGCCUAUGCAAAGUGUGGGGAUAAACCUUUUCCGGCCUAUAAGGACAUUGAGUUCCUUACUUCAAAGACAAUGGCCACAGGAAGAUCUGGUUUUUCCUCAGGAACGGCGGCAGCCCCUACGAUAGAUAGCUCAUCGUCAUCUUCCCCUGAUCCACUAAUACCUACCGCUGUGCCUACCACUGCGGGAGCAAGUGCUAGUGGAUCUGGCCAUAGCUCUGCGGCAAAAAGGCCUCGUUCCCCACAACCUGCCAAUCCUCCACGCAAACAUGCAUCGUUAUCUGGAGGACGACGGAAAAAAAGUGAUAUCGUGAGUGACGCGGUGGCAGAGAUGGUAAAACUUAGCAAACAAAAGCUAGAUCUAGUACGCCAAAUUUAUCAGAACGAGGUCACCAAUCGACCAAACAUCCCUACAAUCAAUGCAUGCAUGAGCAGAGUGUAUAAUCUGCCCGGGAUGACAGAUGAGCAGAUUUUGGCAGCCUGUGAUGCAUUAACAGACGACAAGAAUCGUCAACUUUUCAUGACCAUGAAUGACAAGCUUGCAUUCAUGUGGGUUGAUCGCCAAGUUGCAAUGCAAAAUAAUUUGUACAAGCGAUAUUUUCCUGGCAUGUAGAACAAUGAUGGAAUGUUAGUCAACGUUGGUUAGCGUUUCUUUUGUUUAUUUUGCAUCAUUUUUUGCAUGUAUGUUAUAUAUCAGUACUGUUUAUGUAAUAGCACGCUUUAGACUUGUCUUUACUCGUAAUGCUUAUCUUUUGGAAGUCUUAUAAAUAUGGUAGAUCUAAGUGGUAAAGGCUAUUCAUAUAUUAUGUUUUAUGUAGUUCUUUAGUACAUGCAAACUGUGUGAGUUCUGUUCUUUUCAGUAUAUAAGAUAUUUAUUAAUGUCAGGCGUACAUGCGCUGAACAUAUAUGUCAUGUUAUGUAAUUGUAUACUUGAUUCUAAUAUCGGCGUGAUAAA